CGUCGACAACUCCGGAGUUUCGAGAUCAGUGAAAGAUGAGGAGCUGCUCUCAUCCACUGAGCGAGAGAAAAGGAAUUACAGUUCAACAUCAAAUCUCGGAAACACGGAGAAUCGACUACUCAGCAAUGCAAUGUAUGUCUUUCAGUGUGCGUUUAACACUCAACUAAACCUUGAUUGCAAGCAUCCCACGUUGAACACGGUGGAUCUGCUGACACUGGACUCCUUGCUCACUUCUGACAUCCAGUGUCAGCAGCUUUGAAGAUGAUCAACCCUCAGAUAUUCCUCCACUACAACUACACAGGAAAGCUGGACCAUCGGCCCAGCAAUGGCACGAGCGCUGGCCCUGUGGACGCCAAAACCACUGUGUUCCUUAUCAUAUGCAGCUUCAUCGUCUUGGAGAACCUCACGGUGCUGGUAGCCAUAUGGAAAAACCACAGGUUCCACAACCGCAUGUACUUCUUUAUUGCCAACCUGGCACUGUGCGACCUGCUGGCUGGAGUCGCUUACCUGGUCAACCUGCUCCUGUCAGGAGAGAAGACCCUGCAGCUCUCAACUACUCUCUGGUUUGUCAGAGAGGGAAGCCUAUUUGUAGCACUUGGCGCCUCCAUUUUCAGUCUCCUGGCUAUUGCUAUAGAGAGACACCUGACUAUGAUCAAAAUGAGGCCUUAUGAUGCCAACAAGAACUACAGAGUGUUUCUGCUCAUAGGGACCUGCUGGCUGAUCGCUAUAUCUCUUGGAGCUUUGCCUAUACUAGGCUGGAACUGCCUGGACAACCUCCCCGAUUGCUCCACAGUCCUCCCUCUCUACAGCAAGAAAUAUGUAGCUUUCUGUAUGAUAGUUUUCAUGGUUUUGCUCUUAGCCAUGUCAGUCCUUUAUGCCCGCAUCUACAUCCUGGUUAAGUCCAGCAGCCGAAAGGUGAGCAAGCACAGAAACUCUGAGCAUGCGAUUUCCCUGCUGCGCACUGUCAUCAUUGUAGUUGGGGUCUUCAUCGCCUGCUGGAUGCCCAUCUUUGUCCUGCUCCUGGUGGAUGUGGCAUGUGAGCAGGGCUGCCACAUCCUCUACAAGGCUGAUUGGUUCAUUGCAGUGGCUGUGCUCAACUCAGCCAUGAACCCAGUCAUUUACACUCUGGCGAGCCGCGAGAUGAGACGGGCCUUCCUGGCUCUGGUGUGUGGCAUUUGCUACAGGGGGAAGGCUUCUGUAAACGGCAGCGGGAACAGGUCGUCUCUGGAGCCCAGCCGCAGCAGGAGCAAGUCGUGGAGCAGCCAGAACAACCCCAACCAGAACCAGCAGAACUCCAGGCAGGCAGAGCUGGAGAAGGAGCAGGAGACAGACCCGGCCCAUUGCGAGGUCUCAGUGGUGGCAGGAGGGGCUGCUCAGGCCGUCCUUGAGAGUGACAGAAAAGACUGAAAGAAGGGAGCAAGAUAUCUACAGUAGGAAGGUGAGGGUGGUCCUAAUGUAAUGUCACGGGCCUGUUCAGUGGUCACAGUGGACUGAAUUGGUGACGAAAAGGAAUUUGAGUUGUGACUGAUUUAGAAUGAAGGAUUUCUUGAAUGAAAUGUAGACUUUAGGCAGAAGCUGCAGGGCAGUGGUUUCUCCUUUGUGCUUGAUAUUGAUAUGUCUGCAAUCAUCCAUAAUUGCAAAGCUUAUUAAAAUGUCUACACUUGGCAUUAGACUGAUACAUUUAUGAGGCCAAUAUGUUCAAUAAGAUAAUCAAUAUCACCAAGUACAGGUCUUAUUUCAUCACCGUCCAGUGAGAACCAUGUAUCUCCAAAUUUGGUAAUUUAACAAAGGAUAAACCCUUUAUUGGUUGAGAAAAUAAACCAUGUUAGAACCUAUUGGAUCGUCUGAAAAAAUGCAUUGUUUGUAUGUGGUUUUUGCAGGACAAUGACGAUGCGAAUGAAUGGUGCUCUUAACCCUUGACAGAAAAAGUAUUUACCUCUGCGGUUAGAGAUCAUUUAAGACAAAUAAGAAGUGAAAAAUCACCUGCAAUGAAUUAAAGUGCAAUUAUAAUUCUGCAAAUUAAUGUAAAGAUGAAUGAUUGUAGACAAUUAUUAGUGUAAUGACAAACUAUGGAAAUUAUUUAUUAUUCUAUUCUGUCAUUUUGUAUUUACUCAGUAAUACUACAGUAUACUGUGCAGUUACUGUAAUGAAAACUGCAUUAUAAAUUGCAUAUGUGAUGUAAAUGAGAUAAAAACACAUGCAGUCAAACCUGCUACCCUUUUUAUUUUAUAAGUAGCAUCAUGGUCAAACCGCAUCUUUAUCUCUGUACAAAGAAUUAAUGUCACUGAUGCAGUAACAUCAGUAGCUUAAAGUGAUACCAGGGUUCCAUCUGCUGGUUAAUAAUGGUAGUUAAUAUCCUCAAUGCUGACUAGAUAUUGUCACAUGCUGCAUGAACAGUACAGAAUCUAUUUAAGCCUCAUUUCAGUACCAAAUUGAAAUAGUUGUUUGUGUUUUUCUGUAUUUUAUAAGUGGAAAAGUUUUGUAUUAACUUUAAAAGCAUGACGCUGGUAAACUGAAGGAAGAGGCAUGUGAAUGCAGCAUGUGAAAUAGAAAUAGUGUACUACAUGCAGCUAUUUAUAUGAUGCAAAAAUAUUAGCUUUGACACAAUAAAGUAAAAAAAGAGUAAACAUACUGUGUAGGGAGGAUUCACCUGGAUCACCUCAUGUUGCCAUGUCGCAGCAUCUUCCUCAUUCCUUUGAGAAAAUAACUUAAAGGUUAAUUCAUCGAAAUUACUAAUAAAUAUAUAUUAUUUUCUCAUUUAUUUGUAGUGGUAUUUAGCCAUGCAGGAAUUUUUGAUUUUGCAUGUCCACGUUUAGAGACAUUUCUGCAGCCAACACAAUACAACAGAGGUACAUGGAUUUUUAUUUGCGUUGUUCACAGCAUUGAAAAAUAACAUAUCCUAUAUUUGACUAACUACUUUUUUUUGUACAAAAGAAGUCCCUAUUAAAACUUUCAACAGUGUGUUCUAUGGAUUAUCCAGAAUAACAAGGACAUGUUUAUGGAUAUUAUUUUUUAUCUCAAAAUCUGAGCACAAAUAAACCAUAACUAUCUGCAUGGCAGGAUAUCACUAGAAGUAAGUGAGAAAGAAUUUGGAUAAACCAAUCCUUUAAAAUUUUAGAGGAAACUGAUGACACUGUGGCUAAAUGCUGGGUUUAACAUAAACUAAAAGAUGAUAUUAUUACAGCAGAGACAAUGAGAGAUUCUGCACAUUCACGGUUUUAUUGCCAACAGUCAUACAGAAUAAUGAUAAACCCAUACAACCAAAAGAUUAAAUCUGUAAACAUCAUUUGGACAUGUUUCUUUGUUUUUAUUUUCUUUUUUUUAACUAUACCUGUUCCAAAAUAUUGAGUUUCUGUGUGAUUCCCUCUGACAAAGAUUUAUAUUUAGAAUCUGGAAAUGAUACAUUUAUAAUAUAUAAUAGAGAGGGAGGAAGGGAGGGAGAGAAAGAGACAGAUAGAGAGAGAAAA